GCUAAAACCGCAAGAAUAAAUAUAGCGUACCGCAUAAUUAGGGUAGGUAAGGCAGCAAAGAAGAAGGAAGUAGAAGAGAUAGUAUUAGGCAUAUUGCGUAGGCAUAAGAUAGGCAAGGUUAUAGUAUAUAGCAAUUUAGUGCUAAAGGUUAAGAAGUUAGCAAAGAAGUUAGGUUAUUAUGCAUACUAUUAUAAGGCUAUAGGCAAAGCAAGCAUAUUAGAAGAAUUUGCUGCAGGUAAAAAGUAUAUAAUUAUAGCAAUAAGCGCGUUAGGGAUAGGCAUUAAUAUACCUAAUAUCUAG